GCUGGUGUUUGCUCUCCGCUUCUUUCUUCUAUUGAUUGAAAAUAAACAAACCAAAUAAAUGUGCUGUGGUUGACUUGAAAGUUGUUUAUUUUUGGAUUCACUCCAAUAAAAAGGAAAACAUAUUUCACAGCUGUUGAAUUCUCACAGACUGAUUUUAUAAUACGACAAAAUGGUGUCUGGAGGGAUGACUUGUGUAAAAUACUUAUUGUUUUUCUUCAAUCUAUUAUUUGCGAUUUCAGGUCUGGCCAUAUUGGUGGUUGGUGUGUUAGUACACCUGCAUGUUUAUGCCCAAUAUUCAAACUUUGUGUAUCCCAGUUACCAACUUGCCCCAGUUAUUUUAAUUGCGGUGGGUUUGAUCAUUUUUGUCGUAGCAUUCUUUGGGUGCUGCGGUGCAGUUAAGGAAAACCAUUGCAUGAUCAUUACGUUCUCUGUAUUACUGUGUCUUGUACUUAUUUUGGAAGUUGCUGCUGGAGUAGUUGGAUACAUUCGCCGUAAUGAUGUCGGCAUUAUGCUUGAAGAUACUUUGAAUUCCACUAUGUAUAAAUAUAAUACAAACCAAGAAAUCAAAAGAACAUGGAAUUCUGCUCAGCAUGAUCUAAAGUGUUGCGGCAUGAAUGGUCCAAAAGAUUGGCAAAAGGUGACUCGCGAGAAAAUCCUACCAUAUACUUGUUGCCCAGAUAAAAAGGAUGAUGGUAGUUGUACAUUAGACUCACCAGAUUAUUACAAAGAUUCAUGUGUUACCAAACUGAAGGAAUAUUUGGUGAUGUAUGCUUCAGUGAUUGGUGCAGUUGGAUUGGGCAUUGCUGGUGGCCAGAUGUUCGGAAUUAUCUUUGCCUGUGUACUCGCACGGCAUAUUCGUAAAGAAUAUGAAACGGUUUAAAAUAAUUUAUAAAGCAUUGUCUCUGUGUGCACCCAUAUAUUAAUGUAAUAUAUUAAUAUUUGUAUUUAUGUGGUUUGUUGAUAGACAUAUUAUUGUUCACUUUUUUUUACUUUAAUAACGCAAAAUAUAUUAACAUUUUUCACUAUUUAGACUAUGGAUCUAGGUUUACAGGGGUUUUACAACUUAACAAUGGUGUAUUCAGUGAUAUUUAUUGCAUUUAGAAAAGUUUGCAUAAGUAAUAAACAAUUCUUAAGACUGAAUAUGCAAUGGGAAGUAAUGCCUGCUCAACCAAUUUUUUCUAUUAUUCCAAGGAAACACCAUUGUCUUGCAAUAAAAUACCAUGACAGAUUAGAAUCUUAUGGAUAUCUAUAUUAAUAUUGUUGGAUGAGAGAAUCUCUUUGAAACUUACUUAUUGAAAAAAAAUGCUCAUAAUAACAGUGAAUUUACAAAUAUCAAAAAUGUAUGCAUUCUUUGCAAACCCCCUGCAAACCGAACGUUUCUCAACUUUUUUCUAUGUGUUCACCUUCACAGACUGAUUUUAUUCUAAUUGUUACACAGUUAACAUUUUGUAGUUUAUUCGUAGUUUAGGAUGUGUUUUCAAUAUAUGGAUCAGCAACAUGAGUGCACUUGUUUUCUAGAAUAUUUUCAAAUAUAAAUAUUCAGUUUUACUUUAUCACUGUAACACAUUUACUGUAUUCGUUUACUACAAGAGAAUAGUUAACUUUUUCCAAGGACAAACAAUUUUAAACUGAGCAAACUCAAACAGAUGUUUUUAGAAAUCAUGUUUAACAGGACUAUCUUGUUGCUAGUCCAUAAACUCGUAUAAUACCAAAGCAUUGUUGUGUCAAAAACAAAAGAGCUGGAAGCAAAAAGUAUUACAAGAAUAUUUAUAGUUUUAUUUUUUUAAUAUAUAAUAUAUUCAUAAAAAUAUUUAUUUGAUAUAUUUACAUUUAUAAAUGUAAUGUAUUUUUAAGGGCAUUUAAAGUAAGAGUAACCACUUAGAAUUGUAAUGAAAGUCGUAUAUACAUUCAAGUGAAUAUAUUUUUUUUUGUUUUAUCUGUGAGAAAUUCAUUGUUUUGCAAUUUAUAGAUUGACAGGUAUUGAAUAGAUGCCCUUAUUUCUAGACUUAAGAAUUUGUAUUUGAUGUAUUUGCUAACAUAUACUUUACAAUUUAAUUUUGCACCAAAGUUAAAUAAAUAUUAAAUGUGUGAA